CCGGGCUGGCGGCGACUCCGGAAGUCCCGCGCGGGGGCCGGUGGGCCCUUGGCCCCGGCGGCUAUGGCCGUGGCCGCGGUAGCGGCACUCCUGGCCGCACUGAGCGGGGUCCUGUGGCUGGCGGCCCGGCGGUUCGUGGGGCCCGGCGUCCAGCAGCUGCACGGAGGCGGGGACUCGGGCCUCAUGCACGGGAAGACCGUGCUGAUCACCGGGGCGAACAGCGGCCUGGGCCGCGCCACCGCCGCCGCGCUGCUGCGCCUGGGCGCGCGGGUGAUCAUGGGCUGCCGCGACCGCGCGCGCGCCGAGGAGGCGGCGGGGCAGCUCCGCCGCGAGCUGCGCCAGGCCGGGGGCCGCGAGCCGGGCUCUGACGUCGGCGCGGCCGGCGAGCUCGUCGUCCGGGAGCUGGACCUCGCCUCGCUGCGCUCGGUGCGCGCCUUCUGUCAGGAGGUGCUCCAGGAAGAACCUAGACUGGACGUCUUAAUCAACAACGCAGGGAUCUUCCAGUGCCCUUACAUGAAGACUGAAGAUGGGUUUGAGAUGCAGUUUGGAGUGAACCAUCUGGGGCACUUUCUACUCACCAAUCUUCUCCUUGGACUCCUCAAAAAUUCAGCUCCUAGCAGGAUUGUGGUAGUUUCUUCCAAACUUUAUAAAUAUGGAGACAUCAACUUUGAAGACUUGAACAGUGAACAGAGCUAUAAUAAAAGCUUUUGUUAUAGUCGGAGCAAACUGGCUAACAUUCUUUUUACCAGAGAACUAGCCCGCCGCUUAGAAGGCACAAACGUUACUGUCAACGUAUUACAUCCUGGUAUUGUGCGGACAAAUCUUGGCAGGCACAUACACAUUCCUCUGUUGGUCAGACCACUUUUCAAUUUGGUGUCCUGGGCUUUUUUCAAAACCCCAGUAGAAGGCGCCCAGACUUCAGUUUAUCUAGCCUCUUCACCUGAGGUAGAGGGUGUGUCAGGAAAGUACUUUGGCGAUUGUAAGGAGGAAGAGCUAUUGCCGAAAGCUAUGGAUGAGUCUGUUGCUAGAAAACUCUGGGAUAUCAGCGAAGUCAUGGUUGGCAUAUUAAAAUAGGAACAAGGAGUGAAAGAGCUAUUUAUAAAACUGGCUGCCAGUUAUAUCUGUAAUCAGAAAUGGUGUGGCUUGAGUACUUGCUACUUGAAAACACAGUUUUGGUUUUACAGUAGUACUGCUAAGAGGUACAUAUGGAUAUUUCAAAGUUACAAAAAAGUUAUUUUUUGGAGAACAUAAAAUUUAAGAAAAGAUGUUUUAAAUAUAUAAUAAGCAUAAUGAAUAGUAUGAUGAGCAAUAUUAUUAUAAUAUACUUUAGAAAUUUAACUGAGCAAGCAUGGAUUACAAAUAUUAAGGAAUCCAGUGACUUAAACACCUCGAGAAGUUUUUCAAAUAUCUUUUGAGUUUCAUGGCCAAAGUGUUAAAUAUUUUUAUUGCAGUGCCGUUUUUUUGUGUGAAAAUAACAUGCCUGUUGUGUGCCCAAUUCUUAUUUGGAAUAAAUUCAGUGAUGCAAAUUCUUAA